AUGCAACAUGCAGCAGGAAAGCCUGCAGCAGACGACAUGAGAAAUAAGGCUCUUCACGCAAUUUCCCUGGGACAAGCGUUCCAUGGGUCGAGUCCGGGUCGCGCAGUCUCGGCCAAAGAGAGGACAUCAAUUGUCAAUCCCGCGCAGAUGACAGCCGACAUGGUCGGGGUUUUCCGACUCUUCCAUUGGGACGGAUGGGGAGUCCAUUACUCUCCCAAUCGGCUAGAAUUCCUUGAUUGGCGCUCGGUCGCAAGCAGUGGGGAUGAAGGCAAAUCGGAAUUCCCUGAUGGCGUGUGGACGGGACAGGCGUUGGAAUCCAUUGCGAACAUGCAAUUGCGGGGACUCCCUCUUAGGGUUCCCGGCGAUUUUCGGCAAUUUCACCCUCCCCUACUAUUUUCACUUGCGAAGGAUUUCUUUAUCCCAGUUGAUGUUGCCAAUUCAAUAACCGCCAAGCCGCCGGAGACCAUUCCAGGACAAUCGCUAUCAGCAAUUUCCCCGUUUCUCUCCUGCGGUCAAAUGAGGGGUACGAAUGCUGUUGGCAGUCCUGAUCCACUUUCCGGGAAAAGUUGCGCCUCGCACCAGCGAGUCAGCGCAUCGACUUUAGCCUUUCGGACGGGGGGGUCUCGUAUUCCCGGUUACCGAACUGAAGAGCAGAUGGCGACUCCGUGCCACGAGCCAUGGUUGUCUCGGCGUGCUCGACGAAUCCCUAAUGUGUAUUAG